AUGUCUAUCGAAGAGUUGUAUCCUGGAAAGGGCGAAAAUGGGAAUGCUCGCCCGUCUAUCGACAUCGUUGCAGUCCACGGCUUGAAUCCGUGGAACUCCAGUGACCAUGCGACCGCCACUUGGGAAGACCCAGAGAGUAGACAUCUUUGGCUCCGAGACUCGUUGCCACUUUCUCAACCAAAUGCAAGAAUACUACUCUACGCCUAUGAGUCUAGUCCUGCAUUUGGGACAGACAAGGAACGAUUCGUACACCAAGCAAAUUCCCUACUAGAAUGCUUGCGACUAAAGAGACGGGGGGAACCAGAGCGACCCUUGAUCAUGAUGGGUCACAGUCUUGGCGGCAUACUCAUCAAGCAGGCGUUAGUCAAUGCACAAAACAAUCCCAAGUACAAGAGUAUUAAGGAUGCCACAUUUGCGGUGGUAUUCUUCGGUACACCUCAUGCUGGGCCAUCGGACGACUUGAAGGUUAAAUUCGCGAAAUCGUGUGUAUCAGUUGCCCAAUCUAUGCCAUGGAGAGUAUCGAAUGAUAUUAUGGAAGGUUUAAAAAGAGGGUCCCUGUUCUCUGAUGUGCUCCAUGAGAACUGGAGGCAUCAACUUGAACAGUAUCGCUUCUUGUCUUUCUAUGAAGGAAUUGGUUCUAUUGUUCCCCGAGAAUCUGCUGUGCUUCACCUUGGGGGGGAUCGCGAGAAUCAAGUCAGGCUGAACGCAGACCAUAGCAGCAUGUGUCGGUUCAACCCCAGUGUCAAAGCUGACAUGAAUAACUACUUCUUCGUGGAGGAAAACAUUGCCGAUCUAUGUGAACAACGCCCCGCUGAUACUAGAGAAGUGAGAAAUCUUCUCGAUAAGUUGGUAUCUAUUGGAUCCAAUCCACGCCAGGAAAAAAUCUCCGACAGGCACGCGGACAGCUUUCAGUGGAUUUGGGAUUUCUCUGUUGAUGGCCCAGGCUUUGUGGACUGGCUGAAGUCCGACAUGCCAAUUUAUUGGAUCACUGGACUCCCUGGGAGUGGAAAGUCCACCCUGAUGAAAUAUAUGUAUGCCGAGUCCUUGAAGCAUCUUUCUUCGCCUACAGGUCAAAUAAAGCCCGCUGUCAUGGGCUACUUCUUCCACGAGCUAGGCGAAAGUCGAGAACAAACUUUUAGAAGUUUCCUAGCAAGCUUCUUGAGCCAGAUUAUUACUUCUUUCGAAGGACUUGCCUCUUUGGUGCUCCAGUUGCUUCGAAAACCAACCAAUAGGCAACCUGGGUCUCUAACAUCUGAAGAUUUCGAAGAUAAUUUUGCCCUCGAGGAGCAACAUUUACAGCAAGCUUUGUUGGCAAUAGCCAAACAUCCAACCGUUUCUGGAAAUAUUAUCUUUUUUUUGGAUGGUCUCGAUGAAUGCUCUGGUGAAAAUCGCAGUCAGGUUCAGUUCCUGACCAAAUUAGUGGAGUCAUCCAGGAAUACCAAGCUCGCUGUCAGACUGUGCCUUGCAAGCCGCUCUCUACCAGAGAUUGAGCCAGCGCUUGAGUCUUACCCCAGAUGCAGAAUUCACGAAUGGACCGCUGAGGAUAUCUCCGAGUACGUUAUAACCAAGUUGACUGGGCCUUGGAACUUAUUGGAAGAUUAUCAUUUAGACCGGAACCUCCAGGAAUAUGACAUUCGUCAGAGCAUUAUUAAAAAAGCUGGCGGAGUGUUCCUAUGGGUCCAAAUUGUCGUCGACAAUCUCAUCAUUGGACUUGAAGAAGGCGAUACCAGAGAAGAACUCAUGGAGCGUCUUGAGUCACUUCCUUCGGACUUGGAGAAAUUAUACGCCCGUAUUGUUCAACAAAUACCAUCCAAAUUUAUCCAUGAUACAAUCAAUUACAUCAAUAUAGUCCAGUCGGAUUAUACACCGAUAGAUCAGGACCUCCUUGACGAUGUAUGUCCUGAUCGGUACGGAUCUUUCACUCUUCUCGAAUUCGCCUUGGCUACUCGAGACCCAAAAGAGUCAUUGAGCCAGUUAAUGCAUCACACGGAAGAUGCCCACUGCAAAUUUCAAGCUUAUUGUGAGCUGGUAGAACGGCGGAUUAAAAGCCGUUGCAGAGGUCUAUUGUAUGUCCGGGAAAGUCAAAGGAAGGUGCGUUGCAGCGGUCUAUUGUACGUCCAGGAAAGCCAAAGGAAGGGGCGUUCAGAUGACCCUGAGACUCGAGGAUACACAUCACGCACUACCCGAACAGGAAGUUGGCAAUUUUCGGGGCCUUUGUCUCGGUCAAUGAAGAAUACGGUGGAAUUUCUACAUCUGACAGUUCAAAAAUACAUUACGAGCCAGGGAUUUAUGGCCUCUAUCCAAGCUAAAACAGAACAUGCUCUCACUAGGCCAGUUUCCGUAGGACUCAUGGCUGCUGCUCUCACCAUACUGAAGAUGUUGCCCCCAGAUCAACUGUUCCGGACAAUGAAAGCUAGCGAGGAAUCUCGUUCACAACUAUGUUGUUUCGUCAGGCACCGUUUUAAAAUCCAGAUAGGCAGAAACCGUUUCCCGAAUCUUGCUUAUGGUCUUCUUAUGGAAUACUUCAAACUCUGCCGUUUGGCUGAACGAAAUACGGGUGUGUCGCAAAGUCCGUUUCUAAAAGAACUCGAUCGGAUUUGUACCCUGGCCUGCAAAGAUUGGCACUCAAAAUUAUAUGAGUUUUGUUGGAAUAGUAACACCAAUUGGCAUACCUCGACUAGAUUUUCCUUUACAGCGGACUUGUUUUCCAUCUCUAUUUUCAUGGGGUUAAAUAUGUACGUGAAAGAAGAAUUGGAAAGUUCUAGAUAUAAGCUACUGGGACAAGACGGGUGCUUAUUACUGCAAUUCGUUUCGUAUAUAAGGCGUCGGAUACCCAAUGCGCCAGAGGCACUGGCAUUGCUUCUAACACAUGGGGCCCAGCCAAACCAGGAAUACGAUGGGAUAUCAAGCUGGCAAUAUGCACUGGACUUAGAGCUGGUACACAAAGGCCCUAGGAUGUCCGUGGCUGAGUACUUGAUGCUCGCCACUAUGCUGGACUUUGGGGCAGAUCCAAACCAACGCCUGUCAGAUGGUGUUUCUCCGCUGCUCAAAAUUCUCCAACGAAUAAUAUUCCUACGGACCGCACGGUAUCUUAUCUUCGAAGGAUGGGAACAGUGUACUGAAAUGAAACUCGUUAGAAGUUUCAUAAAAAACGGAAUCUAUGUUAAGCCGGACAUGAGAGAAAUCCUCAGCGAGGUGAAAACGUGCCCAGAACUUAAAGCUUAUCUCGAGAAGGAAUUCAAGCAGUUGGAGGCCGCCAAACCAAGGAAGUCUGUCGCUAUACGCAAGAGGACGGGAGAAGAUUUGGAUUUGGAUAGCAAGCAACAAAAGAGACGAGGAAAAGGGACUUGA